GUCUCGAGUGACAAUGCAAAUAGGAUAAAGGGCACCCUUGUCUGGUGCCUCGUUUUAUAUUAAAAGGUAAAGAAUGCACCCCAUUGGUUACAACAGAAGCCGUGGGGUUUUUAAAUAAUACCUUUAUCAUGUUCACAAAAUUUGUUCCAAAGCCAAAAGCCUCCAAGACAGACCAGAGGUAGUCCCACUCCUGUCUGUCAAACGCCUUCUCCGCGUCCAAGGAAAGAACUGCAGUGGGACAAGCUUGGGAUUCAUGUAUGACAUGCAGUACUCUCCGGAUGUUAUCUGCCGCCAAUCAACCUGGCAUAAAGCCGGUCUGAUCUGGAUGAACCAAUUUGUUUAUAUAUCGUUGUAAUCGUAAGGCCAAAAUUCUAGCAUACAUUUUAAUAUCCAUAUUUAACAAACUAAUGGGUGUGUAAUUUGCACAGUCUGAGUGAUCUUUCCCUUUUUUGGGUAUCAACGAUAUAAGUGCUGUAUUCAACUGUGAGUGAAAGGCUCCAGCUUCUGCUGUCGCAUGAAUGGCCGUCAGGAAGACAGGACCGAGUAGAUCAAUAUAUUUAAGGAAUAACUCUACAGGGAUCCCGUCUAAACCUGGAGCCUUGCCAUUGUUAGCACCCUGUAACGCCUCUUUAAGUUCCUCAAAGGAGAUGUUUACCUCUCUUCUUCCGAGGAGGUUGAGGUAGUCAGCUGGGGCUGCUGGGUGGGAGCAGCCCCAAUCGUUUUCCAGCUCCUCAUUCAGGGAACGUUACUUCUCGUACUCCCCAGAAUUUUGGAGUCGGAGUGGCGCUCCCGGGCCGAAGGCGGAUCUGCGGACCGUCAUUCUCGCUGGAUAGUCUUCGGCUAGAACAUCCUGAUGCCUAUGGCCCUUGGCCUAUGGCUUAUGAGGGCAGGCCCCUCUGGGGAAGAGUGGGGUACACCGCAUUACACGGUGCCCAUCUUUCCUCAGUGCCCUCAGGAGAUCGGUCUGCCAACCCUGCCAGUGUUCCAGGGCGCAGCGGUCUCCAGCGAGCGCUUCUCUGUCUCUCCUGCCCGGAAACAUAGCGGAACAGAGAGACUCGCCGCCCCCUUCGGGGGUCUCUAGGGCAGUGGUUCUCAAUUCCAGUCCUGGGGGCCCCCUGCCCUGCACAUUUUGCAUGUCUCCCUUACUUAACACACCUGAUUGAGAUCAUCAGCGUGGAAACUACUGCCAAAUGUGUCUCAAUGGGUCCUGCACACUAUCGCAUUCAGUUCAGCACUCCGCCACCUUUCAAUGGGGUCAUUCCCACACUGGUGGGUCCCGAGCAGGCUCUGGUAAUGGAACAAGAAGUGAAUACUCUCUUGAGGAAGGAGGCCAUCAAGGUGGUCCCUCCUCUUGACAGAGAGUCCGGGUUCUACAGCCGGUACUUCAUCGUUCCCAAGGAGGAUGGAGAGUUGCGUCCUAUUUUAGAUCUGAGUCAAUUGAACCGCUCAGUCAUGCGACUGAUGUUCAGGACGCAAACUUCCAAUCUCCAUCCUUCCCCAUCACAGGAAGUUCCUGAGGUUUGCUUUGGGGGCGAAGCGUACCAAUACAGGGUUCUUCCCUUCGGCCUUGCACUCUCACCUCGCACUUUCACGAAGUGUGUGGAUACUGCGCUGGCUCCUCUGUGACUCCAGGGCAUCUGCAUACUCAACCAGACCGACAUUUGGUUGAUGUUGAUCGCAUUCCUCACCGGUUGGGGUGCAGUCAUGAGUGGCCACCCUGUGUAGGGCCACCCUGGGUCUGUGGAGCGGUCGCCAUCUCACAUGGCACAUCAACUGCCUGGAGAUGCUGGCCGUGUUUCGAGCACUGAAACACUUUCGGACGGACCUAAGAGAUCACCAUGUGUUGGUGCGCACCGACAACACAGAUGUGGUCACUUACAUCAACCACCAGGGAGGUCUGUGUUUGCGCCCCCUUUACAGGCUGGCGCACCAGAACCUUGUGUGGUCCCAGGGCAAAUUCCUCUCGCUGAGAGCAGUUCACAUUUCUGGGCAUCUCAAUAUGGGAGCAGACAUCCUGUCGAGACAGGGGCUGAGGCCCGGGGAAUGGAUGCUUCAGCCCAAGGUGGUGAAGCAGAUAUGGAGAGUUUUUUGGCCAGGCUCAGGUGGACCUGUUAUGACUUGAGAGACAUUGCACAUUCCGCUCUGGUUCUCUCUGACUCAUCCAGCUCCACUGCCUUGGUACAGACUUGGCCGAGGCUUAGUCUGUACACCUUUUUCCCCGAUCACUCUGCUCCCGUGAGUUCUGGAGAGAGUGCGCCAGGACGGGGUCCGUAUGCUGCUAGUAGCCCUGUUCUGGCCAGGCCGAGUACGGUUCUCGGACCUGAUUUCUCUCUUCGACGGCUCUCCAUGGGAGAUUCCCAUCAGGAGGGAUCUCCUCUCACAGGCGGAGAGUAUGAUCCUUCACCCCAGCCCGGAGUUGUGGAAGCUGUGGGUGUGGCCCCUGAGGGGGCACAACUCAUAGCUUCUUGUCUCUCAGCCGAGGUUGUUGAGACUAUCCUCCAAUCCAGAGCUCCCUCAACGAGGAAACUGUACGCCCUGAAGUGGAGACUCUUCACUUCAUGGUGCGGAGACCGCCAGCUCGACCCAGUUUACUGCCCAGUUGGUACAGUGCUGGAGUUCCUGCAGGCCCAAAUCUCCACAGGGUUGACCCACUCGACCCUAAAGGUCUACAUGGCAGCCAUUGCGGCCUACCGCGCCCCUCCUGGUGGCCAGUCAGUGGGCAGACACCCCUUAGUUACACGUUACCUCCGCGGUGCACGGAGUCUGAGGCCUCCGGCCCGGGCAUGUCUCACAUGUCCUGAAAAGUGAAGCUGCAGGCUCAUUGAUCGCCCCCUGGUGGCUGGCUGCAGUACAGGUCAUAAACCCCACCCUCUCUAUGUAAACGAAUGGGACUUCAGUCAAAAUAAAAAAAUAAAAAAUUACACUUCAAAUACAAUUUUCCAAAAUAUGGUUUUGGUCAUUUAAGGUAGUUGUUAUCACGCUGAUAUAUGUUCAGUUGUUCGUUUUUGAGAUAAGUUUCAUUUUAGCUAGUAAUUUGAUGCUAUAAUAACAGGGCGUGUCGUUAUGGUUGAUUGGAUCUGCGGGAGUUUGAUUCCGCGGCUCCACCUCACGACUCUACUGCGCAGACUCUGGCUCCAAACGAAUCUCUACUGUGCAGACUCGGGCUCCAAAUGACGUCAUUUACUCAAGAUGGCAGCAGCCAUACUGAGAUACAUUCGCUUCACUUUUCUAUAGUGGAAGGAAAUGGAGACGUGUCGUCCAUCUUUUUAUACAGUCUAUGCUCCGGCCAGAGAAGCUUAUGCUAAGUGGUGGAUCAGGAUGCUAUUCCAUAGCCUCGAGUCCUCUGAUCUCCCCUCACCAUUGGGAGUCAAGGCUCACCCAAUUAGAAGUGUGGCGGCCUCCAAGGCCUUUCUGGCAGGUGUGCCUAUGCAGGACAUCUACAACGCUGCAGGAUGGUCUACGCCCCUCACGUCAGAUUCUAUGACCUAGAUUUGGAUUCAGUAGUGGCUUCGACUGUAUGAGAAGCGAUAGACCUCAGCACUCUGUGAUCUAUAUUUGGAUAUAUAAACGACCAACAAUUGUGUAAAAGAGCUAAAAGCAGAAGUCGAAAAGCUAGCCACACAUGACCGGGUCGAUUCCGUUCAAGCAGCUGCACGUGAGGAUAGGAGGACAGUCACAAACUUAAGAAAUCAGCUGGAGCAACUCACCGAAAAAAUUACGGACAUUGAAGAUAGGAGCAGGAGAAAUAACGUACGACUCGUGGGGUUGCUGGAGGCGGCGGAAGGCUCCGAUGCAGCUGGCUUCCUCAGAUCUAAUCUUUCCAAGUGGAUCCCUUCCCAGAAAGGCCGUGACAUCGAGAUUGACCAGGCCCAUCGCGUGUAUGACGGAAGGAAAAACUCUGAUUGGCCGCGUACUCUCAUCUUCCGUGUACAAAGGUGGUAUGACAGAUCGGCGAUCCUGAAGGGUGCUAGGCAGGCAUAUCCGGUGAAAUAUAUGCAGAACAAUGUCAUGCUACUAUUUAUUCCCGACUUUAGUCCAGCCACAACUACCAAGAGAAAGAGCUUUAAUCCAGUCUUGAAGAAGAUGACAGCACUUGGUCUCCAGCCCUUUCUCACCUAUCCGGCGUUAAUUAAACUACGGCACAAAGGUGAGCAGAUGAUGUUCGACUCUCCUCAAAAGGCGGAGGAAGACGUAUUCUGCAGUGCUACAAAGCAGCGGGAAGGAGUCUCCAUCCUCUCAGCUCAACGAGGGAAAAUUAACGAUGAGGUCUGUGGUGAUCCUAACUGCCCUGAAGAGGACAAUAACAAGGUGGCCAUGGACACUUGUUCAUUUCUUUUUGGAAUCUUACCCCUGCCCUGUACGUUCGUCCGCUGAUUGGUAAAUAAUAAUGAUUUAUUUUCUUUAUUUUUCUUCAUUAUUAUUAUUAUUAUUCUUCAGGCUGAUGGAGAGCAGGUUCAAUCCACUAUGCUUUUGGCUCAGUGGGCCUUUUGCGGACAUGUCUUGGGUUGAAGUGGACUGGUCAUGCAUCAACAUUUGUUUUUGUUGUUUAUGCAGACCUACACUCUCUGUAAUGUGCGGUCUGCUUUGGUUUUUAUACACAGUUGUUUGUCGUUCCUUGUUUUUGCUUUUUUUCUGUGCCCUUCAACAGACAUCAAUGCUUUUAUUUAUUCUGCUUUUCUUUUAAAAGAACUAUGCAUCUAGGUGGAUUGGUAUCUAGGAUACAUACUAAUGUUUACAUGUCACUGGCAGUAUGGCAUUGCUUUUGUUUCUCUUCACUUAGACAGAAUCUUGGCAUUGCGAGCACACAAUGCAUGUUCUGAAUAUCUUAUCAUUGAAUGUGAAUGGCCUAAAUUCUCCUAUUAAGCAUACCCGGAUAUUAGAAUAUUUGCACCGUAAAUUGAUUUCCUGUGCCCUGAUACAAGAGUCUCAUUUAAAACAAUGCGAUGUGGCAUGUUUUCAAAACAAGUAUUACAAACUGGCAGCCUUCUCUUGUGCUCCAAAUAAAACUAAGGGGGUGCUUAUCUUAGUCGAUAGGAAGUUACAUUUAACUGUUGAACAUGAUGAUGAAGGUAGAUUUGUUUUAGGUUAGCACUGGUCUCCAUUUAUUGCCCGAAUGAAGCAGACAGUGCAUUUUUCAUAAAUAUUUCCAAUAUAUUACUUGAGCAGAUGGAUUGUCCUUUAGGGAUUGGUGGUGAUUUUAAUGCUGUUUUAAAUCCUCCUAAAGCUAACCCAUCCUCUAAGUUAUUGAAUAAAUUUAUCACUGAACUUAAUGUAAUCGAUCUUUGGAGAAUCCAGAAUAUUACAUCUAAGGACUUCACUUUUUUUUCUAAAAAGGGUGGAAUGUCUGAUGGGAGGACAUUUCAAAUUUUGUAACAACACACCCUUAUGGCACAACUUCAAUUUUUUAUGUUGAAAUCGGCCGUUUGUCCAGCCCUCAUGGUCUACAUUUGGGCAUAAUCACAUGUGGUGACUUAUAUGAUAACCAGGGACUCUGCUCACUUCGAGAACUAAGAACUAAGUUUUUUUUUUUACCAGCAUCAUCAUAUUUUGUCUUUUUUCAGUUACGUUCUGCUCCCAAGGCUUAUGGAGUUUCCUGGGCAUCCCCCAUUUCCUCUCAUCCUAUAUGGGAUUGGUUCGCACCACCCUCUGGUCGGCCAUCUGUUUCUUUAAUAUAUAGUAAACAUAAUGAUCACACUGCAAAGUCUCUUUCUAUUAAAUUUAUCUGGAAUUGUGAAUUAACAGAUUUUGAUUUAUCGGUCGACUGGGAGAGGGUGUGGUCUAAACUAAUCUUGACUUCUAAAAACUUGGCUCAUCGUCUUAUCCAUUUCAAAGUCAUCCAUAGAGCAUACAUAACACCUUACAAGAGGUUUAAAAUGAAACUGCAAUCGACCUAUAACUGUCAGAUCUGUAACACUUUAUCAACAGGUACUUUUCUCCACAUGUUUUGGGAAUGUCCAAUUGUUGUCAAUCUAUGGACUCAUGUGAAUUCUGUUUUGUCGUUUUUACCACAAAUUGAAAUUGUUGAUGGUGUGUAUGUUGUUCCCCCCUCCCUGUUGAGUGGAUAUUGUUUUGUUGAUUUGAAAAAAUAAAAAGUUGAUCACAAAAAAAAAAACAGAUCCAGAGAAACUGGAGAAAUCUUUGUGUGUAAGGGACAAGGCCGAAGACCUUUGUUGGAUGCCCGUGGUCUUCGGGCCCUCAGACAACCCUGCAUCGCUCAUCGGCAUGAUUCUCUCAUUGACAUUACUAAAUGGGCCCAGGAAUACUUCCAGAAACCACUGUCGGUAAACACAAUCCACCGUGCCAUCUGCAGAUGCCAACUAAAGCUCUAUCAUGCAAAAAGGAAGCCAUAUGUGAACAUGGUCCAGAAGCGCCAUUGUGUCCUGUGGGCCAAGGCUCAUUUAAAAUGGACUGUUUCAAAGUGGAAAAGUGUUCUAUGGUUAGACGAGUCAAAAUUUGACAUUCUUGUUGGAAAUCACGGAUGCCAUGUCAGCAUUCAGUUCAAAAGCCAGCAUCUUGGUUUGGGGGUGCAUAAGUGCAUACGGUAUGUGCAGCUUGCAUGUUUUGGAAGGCACUAUGAAUGCUGAAAGCAGGACAAUGCAAAACCACAUACUGCAGCUAUUACAACAGCAUGGAUUCAUAGUAGAAGAGUCCGGGUGCCGAAUUGGCCUGCCUGCAGUCCAGAUCUUUCACCUAUAGAGAACAUUUGGCACAUCAAUAAACGAAAAAUACGACCACGGACUUUUCCGCAGCUGGAAACCUAUAUCUGACAAGAAUGGAAGCAAAACUCCAAAAACGUAUAACCUCGAUGCCCAGACGUCUUCAAACUGUUUUGAAAAGAAGAGGAGAUGCUAAACCAUUGUAAACAUGCCCCCGUCCCAACUAUUUUGAGACCUGUAGCAGGCAUCAAAUUUGAAAUGAGCUCAUUCUGUGCAUAAAAUUGUAAAAUUUCUCAGUUUAAACAUUUAUGUUAUCUAUGUUCUAUUGUGAAUAAAAUAUUGGCUCAUGAGAUUUGAAAUUCUUUUAGUUUUCAUUUUAUUCAAAUUUAAAAAACUUUCCAACAUUUCUUGAACUGUUUUAUGUUUUUGAACUGUGUAUAGCUGUAGUUGAAUGAUUAGGCCUACAACGCUACUGCAUUUUAAUGUUGGUCAUUAUGGUGGUAUUUGGUGUAAAAAGUUUGAGAACCACUGAUUUAGGCUAAGCAUUAACAUUCACAAGCCGCUGUUCACUGUUAUUUUUAACAGAAAAGACUGCAAUAAGCUCGUAAUCAUGACUUCAUAAGUGGGAAACAGGAAUUUUCCGAUAGCACGUGAAGACAGCAGAGAAGCGCUCUCACUCACCACAGUGGAGUGCAUCGUUUUGUUAACUUUGUAGUUUAUUAUUUUGAGUCGUUUGGAAUGUGGUGACACACGGCCCUCUCGCAAUAUAUAUACGCAAUCAUGCUGCAGGUAUCAGAAGUGCUCACACUUGUUUUUCUGUAUCAAACUAUAAAAUAUUUUCUAUAAAAACAUUAAUGCCCUGUCAGUGGCAAAUAGCUUUGGUUUUAUAUUUAAAUUGAUUACAUUAAUGUUUAAGUUGAGAUUUGCAAGAAAUAUUUUAACUGCUUUGUUUAAAGUGUUUGCAAACCAAAUGUCAUUGCCCUUUUGUUCAUAUAGCAGUACUUUUAAAUGAAAAAAGUGCACA